AGCAUGGUCAGAAACAAUGGUCAGUAUGUUUACAUGCACAGUGAAGUGGAGCCAUGGUAAUAGACUAAUUGGAAUACUGUCCUUGUCCCAGUAUACAAGCACAGGAAGGGAAUCCAUUUAUUGGCUGAAGUAUGUCAAUAUGCCCCCUUUCAGCUUGUUUGUAUUGGACCUUUUUGCAGUUGACCUAUUAUAUCACAGACCAAACAAUCAACAAACAAGUUAGCUACGGUUAGCUAGUGGCAAACUGGUACCAUGGUGGAUGUACGUAGAUUUCGCCAUGUUGUUACCAGCAUUUAUUAUGCAUUUAAUGCUAUUCGACUUCUGGGUCAAAGCCAGAGGGGGGAACUGUGGAACAUGUGUGCAUGCCUUGGCCAGUUAAGGCCCAACUGACUGUAGACACGGAGGAGUUAUCCACCUCCCAAUCGCAUUAAAUGGGUGUGGUUGUUCAUCUUGGAGAAAUUUGAUUUAGUAUGAUUUCAGUGGGACUAACAUGUUUACAUGUAUUUAAAAGUCCAGUUUUAGUCAAUAUAACACAAUCAAUCAUUUUUCUCUUAUGUCAUGCAAACAUACUGACUGACUUUGAUGAAUCAACAAAAUAUCAUGUCUAAGUGGUGUUUUCAGGUUUUUAGUGGUUCAGUGUUAUUGGAGGUUUGCAAAAUGUAACUGUAGUGUAACCACUAAGUCUCCCAAGUUAGCCUCAGAAUUUUCUCUGGCAUCUGCAUGCUGCCAAACAUGGGAACAGUCAUUUUACCAAAAGAUUAGUGUCACUUUAAAAGUACCUGAGCUCAGUGUGUAAAUGUGUAGGAGCAAUACCUUUUUGAGAAUGUUUGCACUCGUAAUAAAGUUUGGGGCACCACCCUCUUAACUUAAUGACUAAUAAAAUUAAUACCUCCGUAAACCAAUUAUUAAUUCGUCAGCACACUUAUCAAUAAUGAAUCAAUCUCAGUAUCUGGGUUAUGAAUUCUCCAUGCAGGGAUCUUAGUUCCUGUUCAAAAGAAAUAUACACAGACAACAACUUGGUGAUAAAUGCAGAUUUAUUUAAGCUAAAUGUGUAACAACUGAGUAAAUGAAUAGCAAAUGAUAACGAUAUGAAAUAACACAAAAUCAACAAUAUAUACAUAUAUAUAUAUACAGUAUAUAUAUACAUAUGGAUUGAAAUGAGAGGUAACACUCGUGUGAGUUAUUUAGUUUGGCGAUAGUGAGAGAGUAUGUGGCUAUAGAUAAAUUCGGGACUGCGGGGAUGCGCAAAACCAUUCACCUAACUUACAACCAGCAUAAUUAAGCCACCUGUUCGACAUCAACUCUUUUACCACACAGCGGCGGCCUGGAGUUAGAGAAAUUAUUUUCCUACUUUCUUAGCAGCGUUGAUUCAGGCAGACGUUUCUUUCCGAGAACCCCUGGACUAUCGCUUUGCGACUCCCGGCUUCACUUCACGGCCUUCCAGCAGGGUGAUACAAACUGGAAUACAGUGGUGAUGGGCGUUGGAGCCUGGUGGUGGUGUCCUUUUGGGUGGCCCUCAACGUUGGUUCUCUUAAGCUGCAGAAAGUCUCUGGGUUUGGCAACAGAACCACUGUGACAAGUGGCUGGCAGCUGCUGGCUCCAGUGAAUCUGGUGUGAAGAGGCAGGUCAAACAGGCGCUUGCCUACUUUGUUAUGAUUACUCGCUUAUAAUAAAGUUGAAAACAAUCUCGUUGGCCGUUCGAUCUUGUUAUCAAAGUUACUAUUAACGCGCAUAAAAAUGUUAAAAUCGGCUGGCUUCGUCACUUCAAGUAUAAUGUUACUGAAGGCACUGGAGGUAAAAGAAAAACUGGAUAAGUAAAAUUUAAAAGUUUAAAGUAACUUUGAUUAUGAGCAAGUACAAGUUACGCAGUUACGCUGAAACAUAAGAUACAGCGAAAGCAAGUGGACAAAAACGAAAAAAGCUAAAAAAAAAAAAAAAAAAAACAGAGAGAGACGAAGAGUACGGAAAAUGACGUAGAAGAGGUUAAGAGACGCAAAGAAGAGCAAGAGGACAAGAACAAGAGAGAGAGACGCUUCUCGCUCGCUUGUUUUUAUCUGGCCAAAGUGGGCGGGUUUGUUAAGGCGGUCUCUUUUGUUGUAAAUAGGCUUAUCAUUUUAUUUUGGAGGAAACUUAAUGCUUUUGAUUAUACAAGAUCAUAUACUUUAACAUGUUACGCGCAAUAGACACAUACUCUUCCCAUAAUGGUCAAAAUCGGUUCUUAACAUCCAAUUAAAAUUAAUACAAUUAUUAUACCGCGUGUAUCAGCAAAGUACACGUUUAAGCUGCUCCAAAUACACACACUCUAGACUAACCUAUAGUUGCAAUAUAAAAUGAAAAUACAAAAUGAGGAAGCACAUAUUCAUAAAAACAGGUUAAUUAAUAAAACCCAACUAUAUUUUAAUUCUAAAUAUAAUAUGGAAUUCCUUAGGGGAACUCUCCUUAACUCCGUCAUAAGAUGGCAGUAUGGUUCCAUGUCAAAUGAGGGAUUAAAAGAAAAGUGAAUUUACAACUCAUUAAAGAAAAAUAUCAUUCAGCUACCAAACAUGGAUUAUGCACAUGUACAAGGUUAGGAAAUGAAGAUGAGAACAAAAAGGAAACAAAUGUAUAAUUUCACUUCUAAGAGACACUGUUACAACAGAGACUUGGUUUCAUGUUCAGGAAUGCAUAUCUAAUUUAGGACAUUAACAUCUGUUCAGUCUCCUCUUCACCCCGUUGUGAAUGAGCUGGUGUGAUUUCCCGGGGUGGUGCGAGGGGACAUCAUGGGAUGUACUUAGAAAGCAUUGUCUUAAGAUCCUAGCCGGGCAGUUAAUCAAACCAAGUUGCCCCCAGGCUGGAUCCCUUUUAAGAGUUAAUGACAUCAGGAGCCUUGAAGGAUCUCAAGUGAACGUUUUACCCCUUUUUGGCAUUAGGACAGCUGAAAGAAGCGUUUGUCAAGACUGGGGGGGUAGAUUCUGGGGUUGAGUCCUCAACAUUUGACCCUCCGGUGGGCAUUUGUAGUCCAAUCUGGAGAGUUUAGAAUACUGGUGUCCCUACACUGAGCUCAGUGUGUAAUUAUGGGGUCCUUCAAAUUUUAUGAGACCACUCAUUCAUUUUGUAAAUGAGAAUGAGCAAAGCACCCCAGACAUCCCUCUCCCCAGCAACGUUUUCCAGCUCCUCCUGGUGGACCCCAAGAUAUGUAAUCCCCCCAGCGUGUUCUGGGUCUGCCCCGAGGCCUCUUACCAGUGGGAUGUGCCCGGAACACCUCCAGCGGGAGGCACACAGGAGGCAUCCUGAUCAGAUGCCCAAACCACCUCAACCGACCCCUUUCGACCCCUUUCAUUUCAGAACCAGUGUUGUGUGUGGAGGUUAGCCCAACUAUAUCUAGUCAGGACCGCUCCACCUCCCACACCAGCUCUGGCUCCUUCCCCACCAGAGAGGUGACAUUCCACGUUCCCAAAGCCAGUCCACAAAGCCAGGGAUCAGCACGCCAGGGGCCCCACCCCUGCCUGACGCUCGGCACACAAUGUGCACACAAUGCACUCGUGUGCCAAACGUCACAAUGCACCCAACCCUGAUGUCUAUCCUUGCGGGUGGUGGGCCCUGUGGCCAAUGACUUGUGACUCAUUUGGACCCGCAUGUUACCUUUUUGGGCUCUUUGGGCUCAUACUUUGUUACCGCUAAAAUGGAAUAUUUUACUGGUUCCUUUCUGUGUACUAGAACUCUGAUUUAGUAGCUUUGGCUGAAGUCUCUCCAGAGCAAUGGCCACUAAGACUCAUGGGAAGUGUAUUAUUUUGUGCCAAUCAAAUCAAUUCUACUUUACGUCACUACACUGUUGUGCUUUAGGAAUUGGAAUGUACUCUCUCUGUUUCUUCAGGCAGCCUUUGGUUUCAAUCCAAUCUGAACAUCCACUAGCACUUGACCGGUGUGUGUGUUUAUGGUCAUGAAGGAACUUACAAUAAUGGAGCACUAUCGCACAGAGGAGGAAGAUAUAUCAGGCUUUGAUACACCAAAUAUUUGUUUAUAGAUAAAACCACAAUUCCAAAAAAGUUGGGGUGCUGUGUAAAAUGUAAAUAAAAACAGAAUGUAAUGAUUUGCAAAUCUUUUUUGACCUAUAUUAAAUUUAAUACACUUCAGAGACAAGAUCAUUAAUGUCCACACUGAUGAACUAUUUUUUUAUGAAUAUACUCUUGUUCCGAAAAAGUUGGGACAGGAGCAUGUUUACCACUGUGUGACAUCACCUUUUUGUUUAAUAACACUCAGUUAGUGUUUGGGAACUGAGAACACUAGCUGCUGAAGUUUUAAAAGUAAAAUUCUUUUCCAUUCUUGCUUGAUAUACAACUCCAGUUGCUCAACAGUGCAGGGUCUCUGUUAUCAUUAUUUGUGCUUCACAAUGUGCCACACAUUUUCAAUGGGAGACAAGUCUGGACUGCACAAUGUGUCUCAUUGUCUUGCUGGAAUAAGCAGGGACAUCCCUGAAAAAGAUGUUGUCUGGAUGGCAGCAUAUGUUGCUCCCAUAACCCAUAACCCAUAACCCAUAUGUACCUUUAAGUAUUCAUGGUGCCUUCACAGAUGUGCAAGCUACCCAUGAUGCCAUGGGCACUAACACACCCCCAUACCAUCACAGAUCGUGCUUUGAACUUUGAGCUGCUAACAGUCUGGAUGGUCCUUUACCUUUUUAGUCCGGGGGACAUGACUUCCAUGAUGGACUCUUAAGACCACAGCACACUUCUGUCAGUCCAUCUCAGAUUACAGAUUAUUGUUUAUGGAUGUUGUUGAUAGAUGGCUUUCACUUUGCAUGGUAGAGUCUUAACUUGCAUUUGUAGAUGCAGAGAUGAACUGUUCCAAAGUGUUCCUGAGCCCAUGAAGUAAUAUCUUUUAUAUAAUCAUGUUGCUUUUUAAUGAAGUGCUGUCUGGGGAUUCAAAGUUUGCAAUUCAAUGUUGGUUUUUUGUAACAUGUUGCAGACAUCAAACUCAGAAUGACUGUAUAUUUUUCAAAAAACAAUAAAGUUUAUCAUUUUGAACAUUAAGUAUCUUCUCUUUGCAUUGUAUUCAAUUGAAUGAAGGUGUAAAAAAAAAAAUGCAAAUCAUUGCAUUCUGUUUUUAUUUACAUUUUAAGGCCCUGACACACCAAGCCGACGGUCGGCCGUCGACCAAAGUCGGGCCAUUGGUGAGCGUCUGUCGGCCUAGUUUUUGCGGUGUGUCCUGCACCGUUGGCACUUCGGCGUCAGCGGCUUUUCGGCCGAUUGAGCAUGUUGAAUCGGCGGCAGAGCUUGUCGGUGAGAGAGAUCACUCUGAUUGGCUGUUCAGGUUUUAUUUCCUUGCCCCUGUAGCGAGUGACUCUGCCUGUAGUGAAACCGGGGCUAACAGGUGCUUCCUCCUCAGGCUUCACUUCAGCUGCCCGACAGAUCAGCUGCUUCUUCCCACUUUAACCUGAAUAACAAACCGGAGCUAGCUGGGAGCGGCUAGCGGAGCAUUAGCCGCAGCAUGACCGGAAGGAAGCACAGCCAGUUAGCCACCGCUAGUCUCUGAGCUAGCCCUGGCUCUCCGUUUGGAUCCAACCGGAGCACAGAGCCCUGGUUUGUUAUUCAGGUUAAAGUAGGAAGAAGCUCUCACGCAGGCGCAAAACGUACGUGCUACUUGGCAGUUGGAUGUAGUCCGUGUAGUGUGUUCAAAUGCAACUGUAACCGUAACGUGCUACAAUAAACUGUUCAACGGAGCUGUUAGACGACCAAAAGCCAAAAUGACUGACAGGAAGGCAGUGAUAAAGAAUGCAGACAUGUCUGAAGAGAUGCUGCAGGAUGCUGUGGACUGUGCCAUGCAGGCUAUGGAUAAGUACAACAUUGAGAAGGAUAUCGCCGCCUUUGUCAAAAAGGAGUUUGACAAGAAGUACAACCCCACAUGGCACUGCAUAGUCGGGAGGAACUUUGGCAGCUAUGUGACGCAUGAGACGAAGCAUUUCAUCUACUUCUACCUGGGCCAAGUGGCCAUUCUACNCGAUAUGUUUUUUGUUCUGCGACGUGAGGCAACGUAG